AUGAAUAUUUUUGGCUUGCUUAUUUUAAAUUUAUUGAUUAAUGUAAUAUUUAUACUUUGUAAUAUAAAAAGAAAAAGUAAAUUUUUAAAAAGGCAAUUAUAUUCAAAUGAAUUGAAACAUUUGAAAUACAAAAAUGAUAAUAUGAUAAGUAGAGGUAUAUUUAAUUAUAAUAAUAAAUAUAGAUUUCUGUACAUAAUAAUAAAAAAAAAUUAUAGUAAUAAAAUUAAAAGAAAAAAUAAAAUAAAGCAAAUAGGAAUGACGGAAAAUAUCAAUAAUAUGAAUAAUAUCAAUAAUAUCAAUAAUAAUAAUAAAUGUAGAUGUUUGAGUAGUAGUAGUCAUAUUAGAUGUAAUAUAAUCGGGAACACAUCGUAUGAAAAUGUAUAUAUUAAUUACUUAAAAGAUUAUAUAAUAGAUGAAAAAGAAAAGGCUAUAGAAAAAAAUAUUGUAAAUGAUGAGGAAGAAAAAAAAGAUAAAAUAUAUAUACCAAAUAAUAAUAUGUUAAAUGUUAAAGAUAUAGAAAAUGUUAUACAUGAAAGGAUACGAAAAGAAGAAGAAAAUUUAUUUGAAUUUUUAAAAAGUGUAAAUGAGAGAUACAAUUUAAAUUGUACUUUACGUGUUGUUGGUGGUUGGGUUAGAGAUAAAUUUUUAAAUAUUUCUAAUGAUGAUAUAGAUAUAACAGUUGAUAAUAUGAAAGGUGCUGAAUUUUGUAAUUAUAUUAAAGAAUAUAUAAAAGAGAAAGAAAAUAAAAAUUUUAAUUUUGGAAUUAUUAAAAUAAAUUCAGAUCAAUCAAAACAUUUAGAAACUUCAAGUUUUAGUUUAUUUAAUUUUCAAGUAGAUAUUGUUAAUUUAAGAAAUGAAAAAUAUACAGAAGAAAGUCGAAUACCAGAAAUUGUUAUAGGAACACCAGAAGAAGAUGCUUUAAGAAGAGAUUUUACAGUGAAUUCCUUAUUUUAUAAUUUAAAAAAUAAAAAUGUUGAAGAUUAUACUGGUAAAGGGUUAUUUCAUUUAAAAAAUCAUAUUAUUAGUACUCCAUUAGAUCCACUUGCUACUUUUCUUGAUGAUCCUCUAAGAAUUAUUAGAUGUAUACGUUUUUGUGGUUUCUUUAAUUUCUUCUUAGAAAAAUCCAUUUUUAAUGUUUUAAAAAAUGAAGAUAUUAAAAUAGCAUUUACUAAAAAAAUAUCAAAAAGUAGAUUAUCUUCAGAAAUUUUAAAAAUUUUUUCAUCCAAAUGUAAAAAUAUUAUUUUAUCCUUAACGUUAUUGAAUUAUAGUUCCUACUCUUCUAAAAUAUUUCAGUUACCAUCAAAUUAUUUUCUUAAAGAUGAAGAAGUGUUUGAAAAAAUUAAAAAGAAAAAUAAAAUAAAUAGAGCAGUUAUUACAUCGCCACAACAUUAUCAUAGUAAUGAUAGUGUUGAUAAGGAUCAUCAUAUAGAUAAUAUAAAUGAUAUAAAUUAUCUUUCUUCAAAUAAUAAUAUAAAUAAAAAAAAAAUUCAUUUACAGAAUGUAGAAAGUAAUAAUAUUUGUAAUAAUUCUAAUAAUACUCUUUCAUCAAAUGAUAUAAUACAAAAUAAAAUUAAUAAUGUUUAUGAACAAUCUGAUAUAAAUAAGGGAAAUGAUAAUAACCAAUGUAAUAAUAUAAUGAAUAUACAAAAUAAUGAUAAACAAAAUUUUGAACAAAAAUGGCUUUUUGAUGGACUUAAUUAUAUAAAAUUUUUUAAAGAAAUAGAAACAAAUAAACUUUUAAAAGAAACAUUUAAUAAUUUAGAUUAUAAAGAAAAUAUGAAUUACAUACAAUUAUGUUUAUUUUUAUUACCAUUAAAAAAUCAUUUUAUAUAUAUAAAAAAUGGGAAAACAGAAUAUGUCGUUGAAUAUAUAAUUAGAGAAUCUCUAAAGUUUCCUUUAAAAUAUUCCAAAUUUUGUAUACACAUUUUUGAGGGGUUUACUCAUUUAUAUAAUUUAUAUAAAAACAUAGAUGUUCUUAAUUUUUUAAAAAAUAAAAAUCACCAAGAAGAACAUAAUAUACAAAUUAAAGGUCAAACUGUUUUAUGUUUAAAAAAAAUUGGAGAGAAAUGGAAUUUUGUAUUUCUAAUCUUUUAUAUUUUUCAUAAAUUUAAUGAAUUAAAUAAAAAUUAUAUAACAUCAAUAACAACUAAUAAUAUAUGCUUAUCUGAUUUUGUUGCUGAAUUGUAUCAAUAUAUUUUUAAAUUUAAUUUACAAGAUUCUUAUAAUAUUAAGCCCUUUUUGAAAUGGCCUGAUAUUAAGCACAACUUCCCAAAUAUUUCACCCAACCAAAUAAAUGAAGUCUAUGAACAAAUAAUUAAAUUUAUGGCUAUUCAUGGUGAAAAUGAAAAAGAGUGUAUUGAAUAUUUAAAACAACAUUUUAUGAAAUGA